GUCACACUUAGACAGAGAGAGAGAGAGAGACAGAGAGAGUGUGGGACUUUGUCACUGGGCACAUUGCUGCGCAGGACAGGAACAGGAACAGUGUGUGAGAGUCGAGAUAUUGCAGGCACGAUGUUCGAGUGAUUGGGAGCCCUGCGAUUCUCGGUGCCUGGAGUGGAGGAGAAUCCAAGGAAGAAAUCCUGGGGAGGAGGCGAGGGAUUGCCUGGGCGGAGAUUUCCCCUGCACAUGAUGAACAGUGUGUUUUACGAUGUCCCUGAGAUGGAGCUGGUCAUCUCUGACAAGAACCCCAUGGAUGAGUUUGAGUUGAUCCAGCGAAUUGGCAGUGGAACAUACGGUGAUGUGUUUAAGGCUCGAAACAUCCAGACCAGUGAACUCUCUGCAGUAAAGGUCAUCAAACUGGACCCUGGUGAUGACAUUUCUUCGCUUCAGUUGGAGAUUACGAUGAUGAAAGGCUGCAACCAUCAGAAUAUUGUGGCCUUCCACGCCAGUUAUUACAGGAGUAACCGGAUGUGGAUUUGCAUGGAAUACUGUGGGGGAGGAUCAUUACAAGAUAUUUACCAGAUUACCGGCCCGCUGUCAGAAAAACAGAUCGCCUACAUUUGCAGAGAAACACUCCAGGGUCUACAGUACCUCCACAGCAAUGGGAAAAUGCAUCGAGAUAUCAAGGGAGCCAAUAUUCUACUGACGGAUCAAGGGGAUGUGAAACUAGCGGAUUUUGGUGUUUCGGCCGAACUGACAGCAUCAGUGGGCAAGAGAAAAUCUUUCAUUGGUACCCCAUACUGGAUGGCUCCGGAAGUCGCUGCUGUUGAGAAGAAGGGUGGUUACAAUCAGCAGUGUGACAUCUGGGCCGUUGGGAUAACAGCCAUCGAACUGGCUGAGUUACAGCCCCCCAUGUUUGACCUGCACCCCAUGAGGGCAUUGAUGUUAAUGUCGAAGAGUAACUUCCAACCCCCAAAACUGAAAGAUAAGUUGAAAUGGUCCUCGGAAUGUCACAGUUUCAUCAAGAUGAGCCUGAGAAAGAAUCCCAAGAAGAGGCCGACAGCGGAGAAACUGCUCCAGCACCCGUUCGCCAACCAGGCCCUGAGCCGGAUCCAAGGGAUCGAACUUCUGGACAAGGUCAAUAAUCCAGAGGCCAGCACAUCCUCACCGACAGACGACAGUGACCUGGAGCCCUGUGACACCUACCCUGAUAAGAUCACCUCGCUGGGGGGACACAUGAGAGCAGAGAGGACUCGCUCCGAGAUCCAGUUCCGUCAGGUCCAGUUUGGACGCCCAAUGAAGAAGGAGACAGAGCCGGAGAGCACCGUGGAUUCCAAUCAGGACGAUGACUGGAAACUUCACGAGGAUGAUGACAAUCUGACUUUGCUGCAGAGCGUGGAGGAGGCUUUGGAGCAGAGCAGCCUGACCAUAAAGCGGGGACCCGCUCCACACCAGGAGGAGAGCUGCAGUGACACGGAUAAAUACUCCACCGUCCGUCACGUCUCACGGCCUGACUCCCGAGCCGAGUCUGAGCACAGUGCCCACCACCCUACACACCCUGGCACCACCCACUCGGACCAACACUCGCAGGACCAGGGUCAAGGGAGAGUGGGAGCAGUGCGCUCUGGGCCUGCAGAGACUGUGGCCCGGGAUUCCGACCUGUCCGAGGGGACCGCGCCGUCCAACGAGUACGGAACGCAAAGAGAGAUUUGUCAUGGACUGCCUCCAACUCCCAAAGUUCACAUGGGAGCAUGUUUCUCCAAGGUGUUUAAUGGCUGUCCUUUGAAGUUGAAUUGUUCCGUCUCUUGGAUCCACCCAAAGACGAGAGAUCAGUAUUUAAUCCUGGGUGCUGAUGAAGGAAUCUACACUCUGAAUCUAAAUGAACUCCAUGAAGAUACAAUAGAAAAGUUGCUUCCCCACAGGUGUUCCUGGCUCUUUGUGCUCAACAACAUCCUCAUGUCUGUCACUGGGAAGUCUUUGCAGCUCUAUUCCCACCACCUGGUGAUGCUGUUCGAACAACGGAAAAACACUCACAAGAGACCGGUCCAUAUCUCUCUCCCAGCCAACAAGCUGACUGACAGGAUCAUCCCCAGGAAAUUCACCCCGUCCUUGAGGAUCCCAGACACCAAAGGCUGUCGCAAGUGCUGUGUAGUGAGAAACCCCCACACAACAUCGACGUUCCUGUGUACAGCCUUGGACAAUGCCAUCGUCCUUCUCCAGUGGUAUGAGCCCCUACAGAAGUUCAUGAUGCACAAGCAAGUCAGCCUCACGCUCCCGAACCCUCUGCAAAUCUUCGAGCUGCUGGUCUUCCCGGGUGAGGAGUACCCACAAGUGUGUCUGGGCGUCCGUGCUCCCAGCCAGCCCGGCCAGGUCCUGCAGUUUGACACCAUUCAGCUCAACGCCACGGGAUCGCUCGGCCCGGAGGCACGGCCAGAGACAUCCUUGAUGAAUGCCAGUCAUGUUUCACAGCUCGAUCGGGACAAUGUCCUUGUCUGUGUUGACAAUUGUGUGAAGAUUGUGAGUUUACAGGGAGAGCCGCGGGACAGCAUGGCACCUGAGCUGAGCUUUCGAUUCUGCGUCCAGACCGUUGUCUGCCUGCAGGACAGCGUCCUAGCGUUCUGGAGACACGGGAUGCAAGGCCAGAGCCUUCACUCGAAUGAGAUUACCCAGGAGAUAACAGAUGAGACGAGAAUGUUCCGUGUACUGGGUACCCAGAGGGAUAUCAUUCUGGAGAGUACCCCCACAGAAAAACCCACAGCCCAAAGCAACCUCUACAUCCUGACUGGUCACGAGAGCACCUACUGACACUGGGGCUGAGGAUACAGGCAGCAUGUGCAGAACUCCAGACAAGAGCAGUGGAAACCUCAGGAAGACAGCAGGUGGGGGCGGGGGGAAAUAACAGAGCCUUUUGUUAAGUAUUAUUUAAGUUGUGUGUGGAUUAAAUUGUAAGUUGAUUUUCUGA